UAUAUGCUUAAUCCCAUUUCCUUAUCCGGGGUUCGUCCUGGAGCCGCGCCAUUGGCUGGCUGCCGUCACGUGUCUUCUUAACUUUGUUCACUUGACAGAAAAGUAGGAGGGUUCAACGGAACAGGAAUAACCGAAGAGUAAAGGGAUGAGAUAUAAAUUUUAGUUAUAUAUUUUCCGAGUAGGUGCAAUUCCACAAAAAGACUGAAAUUAAUGGCCAUGAGCUCCUAUUUGAUCAACUCCAACUAUGUGGACCCGAAGUUCCCACCGUGCGAGGAAUACUCACAGAGCGACUAUCUACCCAGCCACUCUCCGGACUAUUACAGCUCCCAGAGGCAGGAGCCUGCUGCCUUUCAUCCGGACUCUGUCUACCACCACCAUCAACAACACCCACACCACCAGAACCACCAGCAGCAGCGAGCCGAGCCGCCGUACACGCCGUGCCAGCGUGCAGGGCAGCCUGCCUCGGUGGUGAUGUCGCCUCGGGGUCACGUCCUCCCCACGGCCGGACUGCAGACCACCCCCGUCCCGGAGCAGAGCCACCGCUGCGACUCGGUGACACCUAGCCCGCCUCCACCUCCGUCUUGCGGCCAAACGCCCCACAACCAAAGCACUUCUUCCCCCGCGAGCACUCGUAAGGACCCAGUAGUCUACCCGUGGAUGAAGAAAGUCCAUGUAAACAUCGUCUCUUCAAACUACACAGGGGGUGAGCCCAAGCGCUCGCGGACGGCCUACACGCGCCAGCAGGUACUGGAGCUCGAGAAGGAGUUCCAUUACAACCGGUACCUGACGCGCAGGCGCAGGGUGGAGAUAGCGCACACGCUUUGCCUGUCAGAGCGGCAGAUCAAGAUCUGGUUCCAGAACCGGAGGAUGAAAUGGAAGAAGGACCACAAGCUGCCCAACACCAAGGUCCGCUCCGGGACAAACACCAACACAAACUCCCAGGCUCUAACCGGCUCUUAGAACCGCUCUACCGGACCCCUACAGCCCGGUUCUUUGGCUCUCUGUCUGAUGUUUCCCCUUUCCUCUCUAAUUCCCAAACUGAACGCCGAAGCGACAGCCACGCUUGUAACCACCGAAACCUGCACUUUGGACCGGAAUAACGCCUUUGCUCUGGAGGGAGAGAGGGAUGUCAUUGCCGCCUGUUCGGCCCUGAUCUGUGCUGAUGUUACACACUAAUAUGACGUUAUGACGCGGGAGGGGGGUGGAGGGGAGAUUUCCCAUUCAUAAAACAUGAAAUGAACAAAAGUAGGCGAAGAACGAGACUGAAAGAACUGAGGAAAUGAUGCGGCCGCUUCUUUGCUUUACCCCCCCAUUCUCUCCCUGCCUCUCUCUGCUUUUUAUAUUUCUGUCUCCUGUCUUUUUCUUUUUAUACUCCUCUCUCUCUUCCUCUCUUUCUUUCUCUGACAGAGCACGGCAGGCAGGAGAUAUGCCUGCGUGUGUGUGGUUUCUUUACUCCUUUUUUUCUAGACUUUUUUUUUUUUUUUUUGGUGAAGAUGGAUCCUCGUUUUCAUCUUUAAUCAUGCCAAACUCGGGGCCCAUUUGUCAUGUUUACUCUGCGGGUACAAAGCAAAGGGGUGAACCGCGGCUCUGCCCAUUACCCCUCGCCCCUACCCCACUGAACCCCUCCCCACACCACUGCUCCUCUCACCCCCAGCACCCCCC